CUGCGACGUGCGGCUGCGCACGUGGUGGAGGCGGAAGCGCCUGCCGGGCCGGAGAUCCCUGGGGAUGGAAGGCGGGAUGGAGGCACAGAGCGCCGGGGCCGAGGACGGUUUCACCCAGGUCACCCGCAGAGGUGGCCGGCGGGCGAAGAAGCGGCAGGCCCAGCAGCUGUCGGGGGGGAGCGGAGACGCGGUCCGCAUGGACACGGAGGAGGCCCGGCCGGCGAAGAGGCCCGUCUUUCCGCCCCUCUCCGGGGAUGGGCUCCUGGGUGGGAAAGAAGAAACAAGGAAAAUUCCAGUCCCAGCUAACAGGUACACACCAUUGAAAGAGAACUGGAUGAAGAUAUUUACUCCUGUUGUAGAACAUUUGGGACUUCAGAUACGCUUUAACUUGAAAUCCAGGAAUGUAGAAAUCAGGACUUGUAAAGAAACCAAGGAUGUUAGCGCCCUGACAAAAGCAGCUGAUUUUGUGAAAGCCUUUAUUCUGGGAUUUCAGGUGGAGGAUGCACUUGCCCUCAUCAGGCUGGACGACCUCUUCCUGGAGUCUUUUGAAAUUACAGAUGUUAAGCCUUUAAAGGGAGACCACCUCUCAAGGGCAAUAGGACGAAUCGCUGGCAAAGGAGGAAAAACCAAAUUCACGAUAGAGAAUGUGACAAGGACACGGAUAGUUUUGGCUGAUGUGAAAGUUCACAUUCUUGGCUCUUUCCAAAACAUCAAGAUGGCAAGAACUGCCAUUUGCAACCUUAUUCUGGGAAAUCCUCCAUCUAAGGUUUAUGGCAACAUCCGUGCUGUGGCUAGUAGAGCAGCAGAUCGAUUCUGAUUUCAAAUUAGAGACUCUUGCCUUGUCUUUGGACUCUAGAGACAAAGACCAUACACGCUACAAAUGGUCACAAGAAACCACAUGAAUUCUUCAGUCACUUUAUAAGGCUUCAUUCCCUUCUUCCAGUCUCAGCCAGAAGCAAAAACAGCAAAGUUUGAUAGUGUACACACUCAGCAGCUUUCAGGAUAAUUCAAAUAUCAGAAGUUAAUACCAUUAUUGUAUUUAACACAAAUUAAGUGUAAUUUGUUUUCCUCCUAAAUCACGUGAGGCAGAUUUGCAUAGCUUGUAAUUCCCUCAUUUAGUGGGAAACUUCUUGCUUCAACAGCUUUUCAGUAUGAAUUUGCAAGUUUUUUAUUUAUAAAUUUAUAAACAUUUCUUCUCUAUGGAUUUUAAUUAAAAGAAAUAAAGUCUGUGACUCAUGACCCUUCCUUAAUCCUGGGAGUGUUGGGUGAUGUUAGAAUCAUGUCAUUAGUUUGGGCUUUACUGUGUGAACCAGGACAGGCUGUUGAGCAGUUUGUAAAAUUAAAGACCUGUGUCACAAGGUUGAUGUGAGGAAAGUUUUAUUUUUCAGUUCAGUGUUUAAUGAAAGUAGUCAGAUAUUACCAAUGUUGGGUAUAUUUCUUCUAAGUAGUAAAGGUGAAAUAUGGUAGAAAGUUUUUCCCAAGAAUACUGCAAACACAGAUUCUUUUAACUAGCAUCUGCAUAUUUAAAUAUCGAAUUUAUUUCAUGCAUUUUUAAUAUGAAAGGAGCAUACCUCAUUAAACAUGUGAUUUUGAUAACUGCGUUCUCUCGUACAUCUCUGAAACCCUUGACCAAAACUUUCUAAUGUUAAGGAUGGCAGUUAGAAAGUUCAUGUAACAACCGAAAGUAUUUUUAUUGAGUUUGUGUUUCCUUUUUAUCAGUUAACAUGUGCCACUGUCCCAAAAGUUUGUAUAUUGCAUGGGAUUGGAUAUAUUUGCAUGCCAUGGUGGGAAUCCUGUUGGAAAUUGCUGAAGAUAUCCCACCCAAAAUGGCUGCUCUUUUGGCCAACACAGUGGGCUGAAGCAUGGAGAGAGAAUGAGUGGGUGGGUGUGAUAGUGUCAGAUCCCUUUACUCAGACAUUUUUGAAGUCUCUACAGGGUUCAGGGAGAUCUUGGUCCCCCAUCCUCUACCCCCUACUCACCCCUGGCUCCCUGCCCAGUCUUUAGUCAGGUUUUCAGAGCACUCAGAAAUGAACUGUUGCUAAGUAACCGUAAAUGAUUUGGGUUGAUUUUUAAAGAACCUGAGGCAGAAAAAAACAAUUUUGAUUGGGGUAAAACAUGGGUUCUCUGUUAAAGUGAAAAUAAUGUUUUGAUAUUGUUUGAACUAACUUCGUUUUGAAGUUUUCUUAUCAGAAUUAUCAGUUAAAUACGAAAGAGCAAAAUACAUUUCCCUGGCAGCUGCAAAAAUUUGAUUUAGAGUUUGGUCUGGGGCCCCCUACUUAGAUAUUUAUGCCUCCCCCCCUCCCCUCUGGAAGUAGGACUCCUUGGGGUUUGAGACAAAAUUAGAGGGAACCCAACUAGUUCUUGGGAUGAGAAUGAUGGAGGAAUAAAUCAAAAAACUAAACUCACUGCUGUCAAAUUGAUUCCAACUCAUAGUAAUCCUGUAAGUUGGAAUCGACUUGAUCCCAACAGGUUUUAUUCCUCCUUCAAGGCAGUGCAGUGGUUAAGCACCUGGCUACUAACUGAUAGGUCGGGGGUUAGAACCCACAAGUGAGAAAGAUGCAGCAGUCUGCCUCGGUAAAGAUUUACAGCCUUGGAAACCCUAUGGGGCGGUUCUCCCCUGUCCUAUGGGGUUGCUAUGAGUUGGAAUCCAUGGUGACAGGUUUGGUUUUUUGAAAGAGGAAUAGGGGUAAUGAAAUCUGGCUACAUCACAUUGGAAGCUGAUCUCAACAACCGGGAUCAGAUGACUUCUUUAAAGCCUUAAGGCUUGGACACUAAGAAGAUUUACCUCGAGCCUAUUCCAUACUUAUGUUUCUGUGGUAUUUCUCAUGCUAUAUUGUAAUUCUUUUUCUGCCACCCCUACCUACAGCCUCUUUGGAUACUCAGUGUCUAGUAAAAUUACUGACAUACAACCAUUCACUUAUGUAUUGGCUGAUAUUAAAACUGGACAUUGCCUAGAGGAUAGGUCUGAGGGAAAAGAACAUUUUCUUAGGUAUUCAGUGGCUGCUGGGACCCUGAAGUUCCCUCUGAGUCACUCCAGAAAACUUGGACUCCAACUUCCAUGCUUCAUAAUGUCGUAACUAGGUUGGUAAGAAAGCUCAUGUUCAUUGAGCAUCUGGGAGUGACCUAAUUUUCCUGAACCCAGAGCCAUGUUAAGAUGGGAACAGCAUGCUUACCGUUAGAUUACUGAACGUAUACAGUGGCAAAAUACAUAAUCAUCUGACAGCGGGCGAAAUGUCUGUGCAAACGUUACUUACUUGGUCAAAGCAACAGUCUCCAGGAGGUCUGAGUGCGCAAAACCCAUUGCUGUUGAUUCCGGCUCAGGGCAACCCUAGAGGACAGAGUAGAACUGCCCUGUACGGUUUCCAAGGAGUGGCUGGGGGAUUCAAACUGCAGACCUUUUGGUUAGCACCCAAGCUCUUAACCACUGCACACCAGGACUCCUCGAGAGAGAGAGCAAGGGCUGAUUAAUUUGAACUGAUUAUUUUUUUCAUGUGGCUAGUAGUUAGCCGAUAACAUUUUAAUGUCCAAGGGAAAUGAAAGGUUUAAAUGGCAAUGGACUUUUGCUUAAAUGUUAGCUAAUUCAAUGACCAAUUUUUGAGCAUGUGAGCCUUUGAAGACUGAGAGUAAAUAUCUCAAGACAUAUGAGCUUCAACACCAUUUCUUUCUUUGUGGAAUAAGGCCUGGAAACUAUCCAGAAAGGAUAGUUUUUACCAUCUUCUUUUACCAUCUUGUCUACUCUAAAACCAUUAGAACUAGGUAAAGACAGGGGAACCAAGGAUUUGAAUGUACCUGCUUGCUUGGGCUUCACAAAUCUCCAUCCCUGAUGGUCUGAGGAACCAGAGUCCAUGCGUGGUAUCUCAUGACUAGUGCAUGCGUGAUAAUGUGGGUGCUCAGGGUAUAAACACACCAACAGACCAGAACUCACCUGGACCUGGCAUGCUAUUCACCUGUCAGAAGCAUCUCAACUAUUACACUGCUGGCAUGUUGUAGGAACUCUGUACAAAGUUGCUGAAUGACAAACUCAAAAAAAUACAAAUUUUGACCUUUUACAACAAUGCAGCCUGCCUCCUAAGUGACAAAGUACUCAACAGCAUCUACUAUAAAACAGAAGCUGUACUUUACAGAGUGUCACACAUCAUCCAGUUCACCUAGUAAAUAUCAACUGUGCAAAAUGUGAAAAGGCAGGAUUCUAGAUAACUGAGGUUGUCGGUGGACAAGAGACAAAUUACUACUGCAUGGAGCUUUCAUUCACUUUAUUUCAGCAGCUGGGGCACAGGUAAAGUCAAUUAUGUCAGAAAAGAAUACAUGCUAGCAAAGAAGUCCAACACCAGGGUAAAGAGGACUCAAGUUGUGUAUGUAUUUCUAAAUAGGGCAGCCGGGAGAGUUUCUGGUGAACUGUAACACGUCUGAACAAAGUAUUAGCUAUGCAGAUACCUAAUGAGGGAAAGGAUAGUGCAAAGGCGGUGGGGGUGGGAAUGGAGGGAGUGCUAUAGGGCUUUGUAGGUGACUGUUAUGACUUGUUUUCACCCAGUCAUAAAGCAGAUUUUACCCAUGGCUUAUAGUCAGAGAUCAAACAUGGAUUUCUCAGAAUUAAAAAAAAAAUUAAGACUAUCUUAUUGACUGUGGAAGCCCACCAAAGACCACUGUGAAAACAUUCAAGUUCCAAAUAUUUUAUUUUUUUAUUCAUACAGUAUGAAGUUUUCUAAAGAUCCCACAACAUGAUGUAUCAUGCAGAAGAAAAACUAAACAUUCAACAUAAACCAUCCCCUCCCCCAUCCCCACACACACAAACUAAAAAAGGAGAAAAAAAAAACCCACAUUCCCC